AUUUCUGAUAAAAUAUUGAAUCUUCCAUUCUAUAAAACUUUGUAUCUUCUUAAACUAAGAUGAAUCAUUUGUGGAAAUUGUGGUGUAUAGGAAAAGAACAUAUCUUAAGAGGGGUAAGAGCUAGAUACCCAGCUUCUCUUAGUAGACAACAACCGACUAUAAAUUUCAAUUUUAUGAAAAAACCAUCUAAGAGGCAAACCAGCGAGCGCCUGAAGAGAUCUGCUGCAACUGGAUCCCGCACUAAAAAAAUUCAAAAAAACAAAAGCUUCCUGCAGAAUGAUUCCGCUUGGAAGCUUCCAAUAAUAAGUUCUGGGCGGCGUCACUAUUCAAACAGACGCGAGUUGCCUUCCCGCAAACUAUCCAACACUGCAUUUAAACAUGGUAUACUAAAACCAAUUAUUCCAGCAUGUAGAGAAUUUACAGAUAACUGCGUCAGAAUAGGAAAAUAUACUAAUAAUAAGAAUCUAGUUCACAAACGGCGGUGUGCUCUAGCACCAACUGAUUUCCCAAAACACAAGUAUGGAUUAAUGAACAUAACCACAAAGCUUCCGGCAGUUCCAUCGCACCAGGGCUUGCCGUAUAUAAGUUUGUGGAAGCGUGAAAAGUCUUCCUAUGCACCUAUACGAAAGAAAAAAAAGAAUAAUAGUAAUCACCGCAUCAAGAAAUCCCUUACAGAAGCAAUAGAUAUUGCACAAAAAAAUAUGCUAGCAGCACAAAUUAAAAAAAACUCUGAUGCGAAUCAUGGCGAAAGCAAAUGUGCUUCACCAAUACAAAAUGUUGCAAAAUGUACUGAUCCGGUAGAGAAGACAAGCACUUUUUGUAGCAAUAUUCUGGAAAAAGAGUUACAAAGCACUCGAGCGAAUAAAAAAUUGGUGGAUGCUGCAGUGUGGAUGAAUUAUAGAAAAACACUAACAUCCGAUAACAUCAUUACCGAAAGCCGCUCGCAAGCAACAUAUGCACUUGACGAGGCCGAAAGAAAAAUGCAGAAAUAUAGUAAAAUCAAGGAUUUGAAAAACUCACCGUAUGUGCAACAAACUCUGGAGCUGGAAGAUGAGGAUUAUAAUAUAAGAAAUUAUACCGAACAAUUAGACAAAAUCCAAAAGCAAAUGAAACUUGGAACACGUACUAAAAAAACACAAUGUCGUACAAAUUAUUUAACGUUUAAAGAAGAUGCUAAAAAUUAUUGGGAAACAUUAGGACUAGAAGAAGUAGAAAGCAAUAUUGCCGAAAACAGCAAAUGCGUUUCGAAUCAACUUUUGAAAAAAAUUCAGCAGUUAAAUACACUUAAAUCUGAAAAUGCCACAACCUUGGAAAUCGAGUCAACAACUCAACAGUUUGAAAAUGAAACAGAAAAGAAUAUUGUUAGUACAACAAACAAUAGCACUGAACGAAUAGAUCUAGUUCAAGCUCUAUUACAUAAAUCGAAGAAUAUUAAAAAAACGAAAGUUGUUGAUAUAAAAACCUUUGAAGAGGAGGUUGCAAGUAAUUGGGGCCAAUCUGACUUAAGUGGGCAAAAUUAUAAUUUAGCUGAUAGCAGCGACAACCCAACACACGUCUUGAAUGAACUUCAAAAAAAGCUUCAGCAAUUCAAUACAUCUAAGGCGAUAAACAAUCUCAACAAUAAUUUGGAAGUCGUUGAAGAGACCUUAAAAUUAAUUGAAAAAGGUGAAGACAAUGGCAGUAAAAUGGCAAAUGACAAUGGAGAACACAUCAAUGUAGAUCAUAAUAAGUUACAGUUACAAAAAUCUGCAUAUUUAAUCAAAAAGAAAGAAGAGGAGGCUGCGAUUUUUUUGGCUGAAUUAAAUGAAAGAAAUCGUACUGCAGCUGAAAGAUCCGAAAGUGCAAGUUCUGUAUUGGACCAACUCCAAAGCAAAUUGCACGCAUUAAGAUUAUCUAAGGAAGCUGCAUUGAGCAAUGAUCUAGCCCUCAUCCAAAAAAAUAUUGAGUCAAAUACUUUAGAUGCGGGACAUGAGAAUAAAGUAGCAUACAAAUACACAGAAGAAAUUGACGCUUCACAAAAAAAAUUUUAUUUGGCUAAAAACAACCGCGAAAUAAAAAGAGAUCUGCCAGCAUUGAAGGAGGCAUUUGGCAUACCACCAUUUACAGGAGUACGACCUGCAACAUCUGAAAAAAAUGUGUUUGACGGGAAUAAAUCAUAUAAUAAAUGGAAUAAAUUAUUUUUGCGAGACGAGGAAAAAAUUAAUAUGCGAAAACACUCUCUUAAUAAUGAGAAUACAUCAAAAAGUCAAAGUGACCAACAAGUCAUAGAAACUGAAAACUUAGAAAAUGAUCCUGAUCCUAUGGAUUACGAACAGGGCUUAAUGCCAACAAAAGUAGGAAAUAAUAAAAUAUUAAGUCUGCCAACAACACAACCAACAUCCUCACUAGACAUGCUAUCUGUUAUUACAAAACAAGUCUAUGAGCAAACCAAAGCGGCAAAACGUCUGCAAGAAGCUGAAAAACUUGAAGAUUCUCAAGAACCUAAUGAACAGGAAAACCAUUCAAAGUUACUUGUAAAACUUCAAAAUCAUAGAUUGCCGAACAUCUUAGAAACCACUUCCAAUGAGACAUGGAACACUGGCAAAAUCGAUUAUAAUGCUGAGAACAAUGUUCAACAAUCUGAUUGUAAAUCUCAAAACUUUGUGGAUAAUCACGAACCUUUAAAAAAACAAAUCCUUCCAGUUGCUACUGGUAGUGUAAAUAAUAUUCAAAUGAAUACUCAAAAGCAAAGAAAUACACGCCAAGCAGAUGUUGAAGAUGUGUCGAAUAGACAGAAAGAAACACAAAUGAAACUGUUGCCAAUGUUAGCUGACAGAAAAGAAACUCCACAAAAUAGGUACGAAUCAGAAAACCACAGAAAAAUAUAUAUUAAAACCAGGUCUUCAACAUAUCAUCCAAAUAAGGAAGUAAACACCGUUUUGAAAAACACAGCACAAACUAAAUUGCAUGCAGAGGGAACUAAUAUGAAAGAAAUAACUUCUCCCAAAAACAUAGAAGAAACAAAGUUUGACAAAAUAAUAAAUGAUAUGAAAAAAAUUCCACAAGACAGGCAUUUCCAUCCAAAGAACGAAUCUAUUCAACAAUCUUCUGAAAGGAAAAGUGAAAAACCGCCAAGUGCGUAUCAGACAUCGAUUCAUACAAUCAGUGGGAACGAAGUAACUGUUUCGAAAGAUAAAACAGAGAAGAAACUGAUCCCAAACUUGACAUCUUCUAAAAACACAUCGCAAUCGAAAAACAUAACAACAAAUAAACCCACUUUAGUGAGCUAUAAUAUAAAUGAAUUCACUGCUUCAAAAAGUAUAGGUGUUACGAAACAUACUUCACAAACAAAAUUUGAUUCUGAAGACACUACGAUAACUCCAAAACGUCGUUCCAGAACAACCGUUAAAAAAGCAAAUACAAGCGGUUCUAUUCCCGCAGACUCAAAUCAUAUCUCCGAAAAUAAAUUGAUCACAGGUAGAACAAAUAUGAAACGAGAUGUUGAUUCGAAACUCAAAGCAAGAAAAAAGUUCACAUCGUCUGAAUCUGGUUUGAAAGAAAGUAAACAAGACAGGGAUGAAACCUCAGAGUACGAAAAUACUCAGAAAUAUUUUAGACAGAAGCCAAAAAAAGCGUCAAGUUCAAAUCAAAUACCAAAUAAUUUUACCAGUGUGAAAGAUGUAACUGUUUCGAAAAAUUUAAGAGAGAAGAAAUUGAUCCCAAACUUGACAUCUUCUAAAAACACAUCACAGUCGAACAGCAUACCAGUAAAUAAAUCCACUCCACUGAGAGAUAAUAUAAAUGAAGUCACUGUUACAAAAAAUAUAGCUGGUACGAAAUAUACUUCAAAAAUAAAACUUGGUUCUGGAGACACUACGACAACUCCAAGGCAUCGUUCCAGAACAACCGUUACAAGAGCAAAUACAAGAGAUACUGCUUCCACAGAUUUAAGAAAUGUCUCCGAAAAUGAAUUGAUCACAGGUAAAACAAAUAUAAAAGGAGAUGUUGAUUCGAAACUCAACACAAGAAAAAAGUUUACAUCGUCUGAAUCCGGUUUGAAAGAAACUCCACAGAACAGGGAUGAAAAUCCAGAGUACGAGACUACUCAGAAACAUUUUAGAAAGAAGCCAAAAAAAGCGUCAAGUUCAAAUCAAAUAUCUCGUAGUUCUACCAGUGUGAAAGAUGUAACUGUUUCGAAAAACUUGGCAGAAAAGAAAUUGAUCACAAACUUGACGGCUUCUAAAACCACACCACAUUCGAAAACCAUACCAGCAAAUAAACCCACUGAAAUGAGAUACGAUAUAAGCAAAGUCAAUAUUUCAAAAAAUAUAGCUGGUACGAAAAAUACUUCACAAAUAAAUCUUGAUUCUGAAGACACUAUGACAACUCCAAGGGGUCGUUCCAGAACAACUGUCAAAAAGGCAAAUACAAUCGGUACUACUUCAGCAGACUCAAAUCAUAGCUCCGAAAAUAAAUUGAACACAGGUAGAACAAAUACGAAACGAGGUGUUGAUUCAAAACUCAAAGCAAGAAAAAAGUUUACACCGUUUGAAUCUGGUUUGAAAGAAAGUAAACAAGAUAGGGAUGAAAGCUCAGAGUACGACACUACUCAGAAACAUUUUAGAAAGAAGCCAAAAAAAGCGUCAAGUUCAAAUCAAAUACCAAAUAAUUCUACCAGUGUGAAAGAUGUAACUGUUUCGAAAAAUUUAAGAGAGAAGAAAUUGAUCCCAAACUUGACAUCUUCUAAAAACACAUCACAGUCGAAAAGCAUACCAGCAAAUAAAUCCAGUCCACUGAGAGAUAAUAUAAAUGAAGACACUGCUUCAAGAAAUAUAGCUGGUAUAAAACAUACUUCACAAAUGAAACUUGAUUCUGAAGACACUACGAUAACUCCAAAACGUCGUUCCAGAACAACUGUUAAAAAAGCACAUACAAGCGGUUCUAUUUCCGCAGACUCAAAUCAUAUCUCCGAAAACAAAUUGAUCACAGGUAAAACAAAUAUGAAAGGAGAUGUUGAUUCGAAACACAAAGCAAGAAAAAAGUUUACAUCGUCUGAAUCUGGUUUGAAAGAAACUCCACAAAACAGGGAUGAAAGCCCAGAGUACGAGGUUACUCAAGAACAUUUUAGAAAGAAGUCAAAAAAAGCGUCAAGCUCAAAUCAAAUACCUGGUAAUGCAACUAGUGUCAAAGAUGUAACUGUUUCCAAAAAUUUAACAGAGAAGAAAUUGAUGUCAAACUUGACAACUUGUAAAAAUACAACACAGUUCAAAACCAUACCAGCACAUAAAUCCACUCCAAAGAAAUGUUAUAUAAGCAAAGUCACUGCUUCUACAAAUAUUGCUGGUGUGAAAAGUAUUUCACAAAUAAAUCGUGAUUCUGAAGACACUACGAUAACUCCAAGGCAUCGUUCCAGAACAACCGUUAAAAAAGCAAAUACAAGCGGUUCAAUUCCCGCAGACACAAAUCGUAUCUCCGAAAAUAAAUUGAUCACAAAUAGAACAAAUAUAAAACGAGGUGUUGAUUCAAAAUAUAAAUCAGGAAAAAAAUUCACACCGUCUGAAUCUGGUUUGAAAGAAAGUAAACAAGACAGGGAUGAAAGCAUAGAUUACGAAACUACUCAGAAACAUUUUGGAAAGAAGCCAAAAGAAAUGUCAAACUUAAAUCAAAUACCUGGUAAUGCAACUAUUGUGAAAAAUGUAACUGUUUCGAAAAAUUUGACAGAGAAAAAGUCGGACCCAAAUUUGAUAACUUGUAAAACAACAUCACAGUCAAAAAUCAUACCAGAAAAUAAAACUACUCCAGUGAGAUAUAAUAUAAAUGAUAUCACUGCUUCGAAAAGUAGGACAGAUAUGAAAGAGACUUCUCAAAGAAAACUUGAUUCUGAAAAGACAAUGGAGUCUGAGGGAUCUGGCUUGAAGGAAGAUCCACUAGGUAUGGAUGACAGCCAAAAGGCCGAGACUAUUCAAGAAAAUUUAAAACAAGAAACUGAAAUAGCGACAAGUCCAUAUGGAACACCUAAUAAUGCAACUAGUGUAAAAGAUGUAACUGUUUCAGAAGAUGUAACAGAGAAGAAACUAAUCCCAAACUCGACAUCUUCCAAAAACACAUCACAAUCGAAAAGCAUUUCAACAAAUGAACCCACUCCAACAAGAUAUAAUAUAAAUAAAGUUACUGCUUCAGAAAAUAUGGCUAGUAUGAAAGAAACUUCACAAAUUAAGCAUGAUCCUGAAAAGGCGACAACUACUCAAGAACGUUUUCCGGCAAAAAUGAGUAAAAUCUCAAAAUCAAGCAUAGCAGAAAAGAAAAUUAGCCCAAUUGUGAAAGAAAGUCUACGAGGUAAGCGGGAACGUCAGCAACACGUGCCUACCCAUAGCCAUGUUAUGGAGAAACCUCCAAGUGCAUCAGAAAUUUGUCAACGAAAUAUUGAAGUUAACACAGUUUCGGAAAGUAUCCCAGAAGAAAAAUGGGCAACUGUGAGAACUGAUAUGAAAGAUAAAAUUGUUUUGAAAAAUGUCAGAGAAAAAGAAAUUACCGCAAUGGACGGUAUUAAAGAAAUUUCGCAGGAAAAUAAUCAAGCAAUUUCUACGACGAAGUCGCACACAAAGCCGAUCAAUAAUCCUCUAAAUAAUGAAAUAAAAACAACUCUUGAAAACAUGUCAAAAGAAGAAUUGGCAACAGUUUCAACUGAUAUGAAAGAAAUUUUGAACGAUACAAGUGAAUACACUGAGGAUGUUGAUACUAUAGAGCCCUCAGUAAAAACAACAUUGGAUUCCUUAUUAUCUUCUAUCAGCAGCCAGCAUGGACAUACAUAUCGCCGCAGAAUAGAAACAAGAAAAAUUGAUAUUGCAGGUCAGUUAAUGACUGUCAAAAUGAAUAAUAGAAAAUCAACGGAGUCUCAGAAAGCACCUUUAACACCUUCAACACCUGCACCUGCGAGCACAUUCCCGACUGCUGCCACGGCAGCAGAUAAUUGCACCAGAUCUGCAGACAAUAAAAUUGAAGCUCAUAAACCUUCGGUUACUGAAAAAAUUAAUAAUAAGAAAAGUCUUAUAAAUGAGCGAAUGAGUCAAAAUGAAAAGUAUGAACAAAUUAGUGCUACAAAUUUAACAGUAAACGAAGCUACCGACAUGGCUUCUGUUAAAAACAAAAUUCAACAAGUUAAAUGCAAAUCACAAAUGAUUAUUGAUAGUAAUGAACGUUUUAAAGAAGAUUGUAAAGCCUCAAGCGUAGGUAAUGGUCAAACAAAAACCCAGAAAUAUGAAUACACUAGGCAAGAAAACAUAGUAACUGCUUCAAAACACACAAUUAAAAAUAAAUUAACAUCAGCACCAACUGACAUAAAAGACCCUUUGCAGAGUAAGCGCGAUACCGAAAAAGACGUGGCUUCUGAAAAGUUGCCUGCAAAAGAGAUGGCAUCAGUUUCGAAUAAGGAUCAAACAGAUUCCCAAUAUCAAAUUAAUAUUCCGGCUUCUAAAAACCCUACUGCUGUGGAAACAGAAACUGCUUCCGAAGUUACACCUAACAACACUAAAUCUGCAGUUGAUCUGGGUAUAAAAGAACCUCCACAAAGCAAGCACGAAUCUCAAAAUUCUACAUACACACAACAAGAAAAGAAAGACUCUUCAAUGAAGUUAACUACUAAUAUGUCAAGUGCUAAAAUUACUUACAGUAGAGAGGGGCCAAUUGCUCAAUUACGUAAUAAGAAUGCCCCACUAAAGUUGGCACCUGCUUCCAUUACCGAAGAAACAAUAAUCUCGAAUGAUAUAAGUGAAACUCCAAAAGAUCAUUUGGAACCCGAAACCUCUACAGAUAUGAAAGACAAUAUGAACGCUCCAUCAAAUUCCAAUAGCAAGCCUUGCGUCAAUCGCACCGGUUUAAAGUCCAACAAAGUCAACUACGCAGAAGGUUUAAUGGAAGUAAAAGUUGGAAACAGAAAAAUAGUAAAGCCGCAAACUUCACCGCCACCACCACCAGCACCAGAGGACUCCGACAAAACUCCUACCGUUCGACUUAAACAUCGCUGCCGUGCUUGCGAAUAAAAGAUUUCAAAAUUCU